UUACAACGGUCACACUUUCCACUAGCAGUUUUCCAGAACGUUUGCAUUUGUUUUGUUUUGGGCGAAAUGGUCGGCUCCAACUUUGGCAUUAUUUACCAUCCAAGCGCUGGUGGUUCCUCGGGACAAGCCAACUCCGGUGGUGGUGGAGGAGGUGGCGCCUCUGGUGGUAGCAGCAACUUUAAUGCCAUUGCUGGCGGAGAUCGCACAGCUCCAGCUUCGCAUCUCAGCGACUUCAUGUUGCAGCUGGAGGAUUACACUCCUCUACUGCCGGAUGCAGUGACAUCGCACUACUUGAAUAUGGGCGGUUUCCAUGCGGAUGACAAGCGUAUUGUGCGCUUGAUUUCGAUUGCAACGCAGAAAUUCAUGUCGGACAUCAUCGAUGAUGCCCUGCAGCAUUCCAAGGCACGGACACACAUGCAGAACGCAAGCGCACCCGGCGGCUCCAAGGCCAAGGAUCGUAAAUUCACCCUCACAAUGGAAGAUUUGCAGCCCGCUUUGGCCGACUAUGGCAUCAAUGUGCGCAAAAUGGAUUACAGUCAGUAGACUGAAGAGAUUAUCGGAGACAAGUCUUUUAGUUUAUACAUUUAGUUUAAAUUCCACACGCAAGCAAUAAAAGCUCCGACAUAAGUUUAGUACAAUGUAAGCUGCUUAAUAUUUAUUUAAGGUAAAGCGUACAAAGCGCUUCCAGUAUCUGGAUUCAAAAUACCCGCUAGACAAUUAUUUGGAAAGGGUAUGAAUCAGUUAUUGGCAGUAGGCUAAAGAUAUUGUAUUACCAUAUUUUGUAAGCCUUCAAUUUUUUUUAAACAACUCUUUUUUUAAUUAAAAAGUUUAAGCCAUUA